GUUUGUUGUUGUCUGGGUCAGCUGGACACAGGAAGACGCUCAAUUAAAAUGGACCAACAUUUUCUAUGACAUUUAGAGCGAAAUGGCGUCUCUCUGGAGGAAACUACGUGGGGGAGGCAGUGGAGGAGGGAGUCCCAAUCAUGUGAGCUAUGCCAGGAGAGGUCUCCCACCACAGGCUGGUCAACAAGGUGCCCAGUAUGCAUCCCAGGAUGCAGGUGCUCCUGUCAUGAAUUCCACCCAGAUCAUUCGGACAGCACCGUACACCAUCACUCAAGCUGAUGAGCAAUGUUUUAUGUGUGAUGUUGCUCAAGAAAGAGUAGACCCUCUUGUUGUUGAGUCACAGUUUGUGAAGACAAUAGAUGACAUUCUCAACAGUCCCUCUACUCUACCAUACUUCAUGCAGUUUCUUCAAGGUUGGGGUGCUGAUAAGUAUGCGCGGUUUUGGCUGGAUACCAACAACUUUAGAGCUGCUGCCAUAACGCGUAUUAGUAGCCAAGAUUUUCAAAAUACCUGUGAUAAACCUACUUCCAUGGUUGGUAAUGUAGCUGAUAAAUUUAAUGAAAAGAAUUGUAAUAAAACACCAGACAGAGAUGAAGGAAUAUAUUGUGAGAGUAAUAGUCAAGUCUAUAAUACACAAUCACCUGGAAAAGUUAGUUUGGGUUGCUUGAAAGACAACCGCCACUGCCAGAACAAAAAUCUAAUACUGCCAGAUCUGGUAAGUGGCAUUAAAAAUGCGAGUGACGUUACUCCCCUUAACACUCCUGAUGGAAGCUCUUCGAAUGUGUUAACUUGUCAGGCUCGAACUUCUCACCAAGAACCAGUUAGUGUUAGAAAAAAAGAAAAGGCAUACAUCCAAAAAAAGAAUAUUGAAACCGAGUGCAGCAAGAGUGUGUUGCAAGACAGUAGUGUGGAGGAGAGGAGUAACUCUCGACCAAGUGCCUCAGUGUCCCACCAGGCUCACAAACUAAGACAAAGUAUAGCAGAUGAUGCCAUGAGAAUUUUUAACAAGUAUCUGGCCAAGGAGGCGGAAUGUUCGGUGGGAGUGAGUGAUGCCAUUGUAUAUAACAUUUUCAAAGCUAUUUCUGUUGUACAGGAAGAUAUUGAUGCCGAUUGCUUUGUGCCAGCUCAGAAGAUUGUCAUCACUGCUUUGCAACAAGAAUUUUUACCAAAAUUCCUGGCUAGCGAUUACUACCUCAAACACCAAAUUGACGUCCUCACCAGCGGGUCAGUGCGACUAGCAGAUAUUCUCUACAGUGACUCGGCCUUCCCCUAUUUUAUGGAGUACGUGGAGCAAGAGGGUGGACGGAACAUGCUCCAGCUGUGGGUGGCAGUGUCAAACUUUCGUCAACAACUGGUGGAACAAGGAGAUACAUAUGACCCCAAGCAGGCACAAGCUGAUGCCAUGAUUCUUUAUGACAAGUAUUUCUCUCUUCAAGCGAUGUGUCCACUUGGGUUCAGUGAUAGUGUCAGGUUCAUCGUUGAGGGAAAUAUUUGUCACGAGACAGGACCUCUUCCCUCCUGUUUUGACAUACCACUUCGAGUGGUACUACAUAUACUAGAGAGGGAUUUCUUGCCUGGUUAUUUAUCCUCCAACCUGCACAUCAAGUACCUGAGUGAGUUAAUUAACACGGUGAAAACCAGUGUGGAGCUGCUCGGCCGAAAGAAGCGUUCUGGUUCUGAGAGUACAUGCAGUAGUGAGCAGAGCAGCAGCUAUGGUGGGGCAGGAAUCAGCACUCACAACACACUCCUGGCGAUGGAUACAUCAGCGCCCCAUCGCUUCCGCAACUUGGAUGACCCCACACUUGCCAUGAGGAUAGAUGAAACGCAAAUUACCGACCCAGACUCACUCUGGCGGAGGAAAAAUUUUAGCAAGAUGAGUUGUGGCUAUAUCAAUGAGCUCGGAAGAUUCGAGUCUGAUCUCCAGCCAGACCCAGAUCGCAAAACUGAAUCCAAGUUCUCCAAAACGCUAAAGAAAUUUGUGAACAUGGAUGAAGAUAAGGUUAAAGAAGACAUGGCCUACAAAGUAGCAGAGAUGAUCAUCAAGGAUGUGACCAGUGUGACCCUGAGAUCACAACACAGCAGUAGGUCAAGCGUGGAGUCCUCGGUACCUCCUCUCUCUCCAUCUUCCAUUUCUCAAGACAAUUUCAGUGAUGUAUUUCCCUCGUGAUUACAGAACACAUUCAUUGUUCAUUAUGCAUACUCUAUAAUAUUCCUUACUAAAUACCAGUAUCUCACUCAUUUUAUUAAUUCUGUUAACAUAAGACAGAAGGUUUGACUUGGCAUUUGCUAGGUUAUUUUAUUGGCUAGAAUAACAGGUGAGUACAGUAUGCUUUUUACUGUAUGAAGAAACUUUUAUCUACUUUUGAAUUCAUGUAACCUUUGUUUUAUAUUUCAUCUUGUAAAUAAAAUAUUUUGUGUAAAAAAUGCUACAUUAUA